GUCAACAUGCUCAAAAGUGGUCAGGGCAUUAUUGAUGAGGCGGCAAAAGAUUUCGACCAAGUCAUACAGGCGGGCUGGACAGGGAAACUUCCCAGCUUCUCGUCCUUAGGCAAGGUGAUUGCAGGUAUUGGCAAAAACGCAGCGGUUCAAUCAACGGAGUUCCCGCCUGGGGUACAACCGAAUAUUGAUUACUCAGCGAUUGAGAAAGACCACCGAUGGAGAGGUGGAGAGGCUUACCGUGCGGCUUAG